AUGUCGGCAUCGAAUACUAGCGAAACCCCGUCCUUGGACAAGAACAAUGCCACUGCGGCGCCCGAUGCACCUGUACCAAUUGAGCAGACCGAGAAGCAUCUUGUUCAGUUGGAUGAACUGAACGCUGCUGACAGGGCUCUAGCGGAACAGUUUGGUUAUCAACCGGUCUUCAAGCGCGAAUUCGGUUACCUAUCCACCUUUUCGUUCGCUUUCAGUAUCUCCGGUCUGUUUGCGACCAUCGCAACCACCUUCUCAUACCCCCUGUAUGCUGGUGGUUCCGCCUCCGCAAUCUGGUGUUGGCUCAUAUCCGGUGCGGGAUGUAUGUGUCUUGCCGCAUCUGUGGCGGAAUUGGUCUCCGCUUACCCUACCAGCGGUGGUCUGUAUUUCACUGUCUCUCGUCUUGCGCCUCCACGAUGGGUGCCGUCUCUCAGUUGGUUGACUGGUUGGAUUAACUUGCUUGGUCAAGUUGCUGGUAUUGCUUCUUCCGAGUAUGGUUCGGCGCAGAUGUUGCUCGCUGCCGUCUCGAUGAGUCGUGAUUUUGAGUGGGUUCCUACGACGGGACUUACGAUCGGUGUCAUGGCCGCGUUGACUGUUCUCUGUGGUGUUCUCAACUCCUUGCCUACCGGCUGGAUGGAGAAGAUGACUCGGUCAUACGUUAUUUUCCAUUUGCUUGUUUUGGUGACUUGCUGUAUUGCCUUGUUGGUCAAGACGGAGGACAAGCAUGAUGCGAAAUACGUCUUUACCAAUGUUGAGCAAAAUUCGGGUUGGACGCCGACUGGGUUCUCGUUCUUGUUUGGCUUUUUGUCUGUCUCGUGGACCAUGACGGAUUACGAUGCUACCGCCCAUAUUGCUGAAGAAAUCCGUGAUCCCGAAGUCAAGGCUCCCUGGGCCAUCUUCCUCGCCAUGGGCGCCGUCUACGUCCUCGGAUUCUUCUUCAACCUCGUCCUUUGCUUCUGCAUGGGUGACGUAUCCUCCAUCCUCGCAUCCCCCAUGGCACAACCCGUGGCCCAGAUCUUCUACAACAGCCUUGGCAAAUCAGGCGGUCUCGUCUAUACCGCUUGCGCCUUCAUCCUCUUGCAAUUCAUCUGCUUCACCGCCACCCAGGCUCUCGCCCGUACCGUGUUCGCAUUCUCCCGUGAUCGCCUGUUGCCAUUCUCCAAUAUCUGGCGCAAAGUGAACUCGACGACUGGUACCCCCUUGUACGCUGUCUGGUUCUCCGUCUUCUGGUGCAUUGCCAUCAACUUGAUUGGUCUGGGUAGCUACACAGCUAUUUUGGGUGUCUUCAACAUCACCGCCAUCGCUCUUGACUGGUCCUACGUCAUCCCCGUUGUCUGCAAACUCCUCUGGAACCGCUUUGAGCCUGGCCCAUGGCACAUGGGAAAAUUCUCCACUAUCGUUAACCUGUGGGCUGUGAUCUGGACCGUGUUUGCCUCCGUUAUCUUUUUCUUCCCUACCGCGCGACCCGUUACCGGUGAGACCAUGAAUUAUGCGAUUGUGUUCAUGGCGUUUAUCCUGUUGUGCGCUAUGGUGUAUUGGUAUGUACGUGGAAAGAAGUUUUAUGUUGGUCCGCUCAAGGAGACUACUAUUCAGGGACAGACUGGGGGUGUUUUGGAGGCGGUUCCUGUUAAGACGGAGAAAUCGAAUUGA